CGCGGGCCAUGGCGCCCCCGGCCGUGCCCGUGGACCUGGCCGUGCGGCUCUGCCUGAGCCACUCGCCGCCCAUCCGCAAGCUGCUCAGCUCCUACGAGGAGCUGCGGGGCGGGCGGGCGCGCAAGCCCCUGCGCUCCUGCCUCAACCAGAAGCCCAGCCCCGAGCCGGAGCCCGAGCGGCGGGAGAGCGCCAAGAGCUCCAAGGCUCAGAAGAAGAAGAGGGUGGUGUUCGCCGACAUGAAGGGCUUCUCGCUCACCGCCGUGCGCUUCUUCUCCAAGAUCGAGGAGGACCUGUGCGACCUGCAGCACGUCCUCUCGGACCUCGCCGCCUUCCGGCCCUGGCAGCGCGACCCGCAGCCCUGCAGGUACGUGCUGGACUUCUCGCAGCCCCCCGUGGACUACGUGGCUUUUCGUAGCCGCCUGCACAGCAACCUGGUCUGCCUGGAGAACUGCCUCCUCCAGGACCGCGCGCUCUCGGGGACGGUGAAGGUCAGAAACAUCGGGUACGAGAAGAAAGUGCUCGUGCGCGUCACCUUCGACGGCUGGAAGAGCUUCCGCGACGUCUCCUGCCAGUACCUGCACAGCCCCUGCAGCCCGGCCGACACCGACACCUUCUCCUUCGAGCUCACGCUGCCCAAGCCCUCGGGCCGCCGCCGCGCCAUCGAGUUCUGCAUCUCCUUUCAGUGCGGGCAGGCGACGCACUGGGACAACAACCAGGGCAGRAACUACCGCGUGUGCGCGGCGGGCGCCGCCUCCCCGGCCUCGCGCACCGCUGGCCUCGUCCUUUCUCACCGGCAGCACUCGGGGGGGCCCUAUUGGUAGGAAAAGGGGAAUAGCGGGAGGCAAUUCCCUCCACAUCACCCCUGUGCACGAGGGACCCGGAGCGGGGACAAGCAGCCGAUGCUGUUUGCUCUUUUAGCUCCUCUGUCCC